AUGCUGUCUUCAAGCCCUACCUCCUGCACAUCUCCCAACCCGAACGAGGAGAAUCCAAGAAAGAAGGUCCAGUGGGCUUCUGGGAGGAGGAGGACGUCAUCCACAGACUCAAAGUCCCAGUCCGACCCCUCCAAAGCGUCCAGGUCCCGGAAACUCAGCCGGCUGACGGUGAAGUAUGACCGGGGGCAGCUCCAGAGCUGGCUGGAGAUGGAGCAGUGGGUGGACGCCCAGGUUCAGGAUCUCUUCCAGGUCCUGUCUUUUCUUUUGGGGGCAGCAAGGGCUUGUGAUUCUUCCAGGAUCAACCAACUCCUUCUGAGCCUGAGAUCGACCUGGAGGCUCUCAUGGAACUAUCCACAGAGGAGCAGAAGACUCAGUUGGAGGCUAUUCUCCAAAACUGCCCCCACCCCACAGAGCCUUUUAUCUCUGAGCUGCUCAGUCAACUCAAGAAAUUUCGGAGACUCAGUCGGCCUCAGAAAUAAGCCUUGUGAGACUACCUUCAUCAGCUUCAGCACUGCCAGGUCUGCCCUGAACCCCUGGAUCCUGGGCUGAGAGGGAAACAGCUCCUUGGGACACAGACAAGGAACAUGGAGAGUGAGGAGGGACAUUUGGACACCCCUGUCUAUGUGCAGUCACAGCUAAUUCCUGUCAGCUGGGCUUUCUGGGAGCCAGUCAUGGCUAUGGCCCAGUGCUUUCCUCGGCAGCCAAGUGAAUAAAACCUUGAG